AUGACUACUCAAGAGCUCGUGUUUAUCGACCCCAAAAGCAUCAACGACUCUCAGGUGGAUGAGGUGACUCAGGUCGUGAGCAAGGCGUUUCAAGACUUCAACACCUCCAUCAACACCCCCGUAGAGGUGUACGAAGAAGAGUUCGGACACCCUGCGAUAGGCCCGACCGUUAUUCAAAGCAUCUGCAAGUCAUACGAGGGCUACGCAGUGGUGGAGGACGGCGGGGCCGGCAAGAUCGUGGGCGUGUCCUUCGUCGACGUGCACGCGAAGGGUUCGAAGGUGGCCACACUCGGGCCCGUAGCGUCCUUGGCCUCCGGCGCCGGCAAAAAGUCGUUCGUAGCCGCUUGCGACUACGCCGAGGAGCUCGGCUUCUCUACUCUGAUCCUGACGCAAAUCGCCGCCAACUCACGCUCGUUCUCCCUGUACGCCAAGCUCGGAUUCGAGACAAAGCACACGGUCCAAUACAUCGGAGGAUUCUUGGAGCAACCGUCUGAGGGGAGCCUGCCGCUCCCUCCCGCGCCUAGCGGGGUAACCCUGAAGGCCAUGGUCGCGGGAGAUGUGGAGGAAUGCGCGGAGCUAUUUCUCGAGGCACACGGGAAAGACUGCGGCUGGGACCGCCGGGCGGAUAUCACCGGUUGCUUGGGGUCCGGCUUCCCGUUCCCUAUGCUGGUGGCCCGAGAUGCAAAUGGCAAGGUGGUUGGCUACUCCACAGGUUUCUUUAUGAUUGGACAUACCGUGGCCAAGUCUCAGGACAUCUUCUGCUACAUGUUCCGAGAGGGCUCGAAGCUGCACAAGCAGGCUGGACUGCCGUGCCCGAAGUUCUACUGCCCCGUCGAGUUCACGGGCCUCUUGUCGUGGUGCUUGGCUCAGAAAGGGCUCAAGGUUUUCCGAGCGUCGCUCAUCAUGGCCAGGGGGCACUACGAGCACACCCCGUGGCCGAACGCCGCCGGUCACAUUGUGGCCCCGAGCACCACCGGAUACUGAGAGGCCGAACAUUGAACCUUCACAGGGCGACGAAGCAAAUAUACGUCGCCCGCUACGGUGUGUCUUUCUCUGUUUGUGUCCUUCUCCGUCUCUUUCCCUUCUCUCCAUCUGAUCUCUUCCUUUUCCUUUUCCUUUUCCUUUUUCUGUCUUUUUCCAAUCUAGGGUUACCUCGUAUAGAGUGCAGGGAGGCGAGCGGAGUGGCCUAGACUAUCUGUCGUUGACUUUAAUUGGCUUGCGGACCCUUCGGGUCCAUUUUAUUUUCG